GCACUCAGACUCUGCAUCGUCCACACCUAGCAAAAGAACGCGACACAAACACGUGAGCCAACAGGUGUGGACGCGCGACACUCACCUGGCUGUCAUACCUGAGGUGAAGCUCCACCCCCUCUGCUUCCUGGUUUCCUCGCUACUUUUGACUCGGACGCACCGGGUCUGUUGAGGAAAGUGUGUCCAGAACCACUGCAGCACCCACUCCAAUCUGGGCGAAAGGUCAUCAGCCAACAUGGCGGCAGUUGUUCUUCGAAGGCAAACUUUCAAGACGUCAUUUCUUGUGUCACGCUUCCACACUUCGCCGGCUGUUCUUCAGCAGCCUCCACUUCCCCAGUCGCGCUUCUUCCCGCCACAGGAGACGCCCAUGCUUCCGCCCGGCAGCUUCAAAGGCCGCGUGGCGUUCGUCACGGGCGGCGGGACGGGAUUGGGCCGCGCCAUGACGACCGCCCUGUCGCACCUGGGAGCGCAGUGUGUGAUCGCGAGCAGGAAGUUGGACGUGCUGCAGGAAACGGCCGAUGAGAUCAGUUGCCAGACAGGAAACAAGGUCCAUGCGAUCCAGCUCGAUGUCAGAGAUCCUCAGGCUGUAAGUCGUUGUGUCGACCAGAUGGAGAGUCUGACAGGCUUACCUGAUGUGAUCAUCAACAACGCGGCGGGAAACUUUGUCUCCCCGUCGGAAAAUCUGUCAGCCAACGCCUGGAAGACCAUCACCGACAUCGUCCUGAAUGGAACCGCCUUCACCACCCUGGAAGUCGGCAAAAGACUCAUCCACACGGGCAAAGGCGCGUCCUUCCUGGCCAUCACCACGAUCUACGCCGAGUCGGGAUCGGGUUUUGUGGUUCCGAGUGCGUCGGCGAAGGCCGGCGUGGAGGCGCUGUACAAGUCUUUGGCAGGAGAGUGGGGACGCUACGGACUCAGGUUCAACAUCAUCCAGCCUGGACCCAUCAAAACCAAGGGGGCUUUCAGUCGUUUGGACCCCACAGGACAAUUUGAAGCUGGAAUGCUGAGUCGGAUCCCGACGGGCCGACUGGGAACAGCCCCCGAGGUUGCAAACCUGGCGACGUACAUGUGCAGCGACUACGCAAGCUGGAUGUCUGGAGCGGUGGUUCGCUUCGAUGGCGGCGAGUACGUGAUGAUGGCGGGAGAAUUCAACGAGCUACGCAAGGUAAGCGUUGCGCUCCGAAGCGUCUUUUUAUCGUAUUUUAACGACGCCGUCAUCCAUCAGGUCACGCCUGAUCAAUGGAAGGUGAUGGAAAAGAUGAUCAGAAGCACCAAAGGAUCCUAAAAAGACUCAAAAGGCAACAGUGGAUGUCAUUGCUUUUUGAAUAGUUGAAUUCAUCAACAAUUUUACUGUCAUGUACUUUGCUGUGCAGGACUGUUGCUCUAGUACAUGGAAAGGUUUUACAGAUCUUCUUGCGAUGACACUAAGUACAUUUUCUACGGAUUGAUGUCUGUGAUAUCAAGUGACAUCACUUGUUGUCACGUGUUAUGUCGGGCUGUAUCUUUAUCAUAUUUUGUUGCUGAUAUUAAUCGUUGAAUGAGCGUAACUAAUAAAUAUUAAAAUACGGA